UGGGAAUUUGUAAGCUACUUACAACGUGUUUUUUUAAUGUUCUGUAGAUUAAGAGAUUAAUAUUAUAUUCUCGGUAUGAGUUUAGAGGUGGCUUGCUUGUCAUUUCGCCAGCCGUACGCCACUCUUGUGUUGAACGGGGUGAAGACUGUAGAGAGCCGCUGGCGGCCCCUGCUGGCGGAGCUGCGGAACUGCACGCUCGCGGUUCACAUCGCUCAGAAGAGCUGGGAGGGAGAGGACUGGAGACUCAUCCUCACUGAGAGGCUGGGCAUGACUGCCGUGCAAACAGAGCAACUGCUGGAGUCUGGAGAAAGGUUCGGGCGAGGUGUUAUAGCAGGUCUUGUGGAUGUUGGGGAGACGUGGUGUUGUCCCGAGGAUAUUCCCUGUGAGGAGAUGAGAGAGCUGGAAACAGCAGCUUGCUUGACUGAACUCAAAAUGAAAUACCUUACAAGACUCUCAAACCCCCGGUGGCUCAAUGAACCAAUAUAUUCUAGGGGCCAUAAAGACGUGUGGACGGUACACAUCCCAGUUCAUCUCCUGCCAUCUGCUCCUUCUCAUCCGUAACAGUGAAGCAAAGUAUUCAGUAGUGUAUUUGUGUCUGAGGUAUGCCUCCCUGGAGAUUUGCAAUCCUGUGUAAUGUGUGCAGGUUGUUUUUUCAACAUGAAAUAUAGAAAAUGCAUUUGUUACAUUUAUAUGGUGUUCAUUUAUAAUGAGGUAACAGGGCUCUUGGAAAGUUAAAAUAGUGCACAAACAUGUAGAUGGGCAUGUUAUUUCAGGGGAAGUGAGCAUUCGACACUUCAAAAAUGGAUCAAUAAAUUUUACAUUAUG